AUGGCUUAUGCUACUUUGAUUUCUCUCAAGCAGACAAUUGAGCGCCUUCUAAAUUCUUCUCAAAAUCCUAAUCUUCCACCCUGUCCCAAAACCAUAGAAUUUGCAUACGAGGAGGUUAAGUCCUUACAGGAACUUUUUACGUCGGAGGACAACAAUAGCAAGAGGGUAAAUGCUUGGGAAAGGCAAAUCAUAGAGGCAGCAUUCAGAUUAGAAGAUGUACUUGAAUCAGCCCAUGUAUCUAAUCUUCUUCUCCCGCAAUCUGAAAUCCUCCAUGGAGAUGAGAUCAGUUACUCGGCGGAAGUCAAUGAAGAGAUUGAGUUUUUUACUGAAACAGUGAAGAAGAUCAAGGAUCAAAUAAGCAACUCGUCACUGCCUGAAAAAGACGAUGCGGUUGUUUUCUGUACUACGGAUCAUGUUGGAGGAAAGAAGUCAAGAAUGCUUGGAUUAGAUAAUGAGUUGAGUCAACUCAAAGAUCUUCUUGUAAGAGAUGAGUCUCCAUCCCUAGUUAUCCCAAUCGUAGGGAUGGCAGGUGUUGGCAAGACAACUCUUGCCAAUGAAGUUUAUGGAGAUCCAGAUAUAGUGAGCCACUUCGAGCGUCGAAUAUUUGUCUCGCUGGGCCCAGAAUGUGCAUGGAGAAAAAUCCUGCUAAGUGUUCUAGCUCAAAUAAAUUCUGGGAUUGAUGAAACACAUGUAGAAAGUAACGCAGAGUUAGCAGUUCGUAUGUAUAAUAGUUUAUGGGGUUGGCAAUAUCUAAUUGUGUUGGAUGAUAUGUGGGAUAACAUGGUUUGGGCUGUCUUUAGGAGGUAUCUUCCAGACAAUGGAAAUGGAAGUAGAAUCAUGCUGACAACUAGGUUACUACAAAUAGCUCGUUAUGCCGUCAACAAUGAUGGCGGAUUUAUUCUUCAAAAACGGUUCUUGAAUGAAGAAGAAAGUUGGCAUCUUCUUCGAGAAAAGGUGCUUACUAAGGAGUGGUUGUUGCCUCCUGAAUUUGAGAAAGCUGGAAGGAAGAUAGCCAAGAAGUGUGAAGGACUUCCACUAGCAAUCAUUGCUGUUGCUAAGCACCUAUCUCAAGCCGAGAAGACAUUAGAGUACUGGAAGAAGGUAGCAAAAGAAGUGCAUUCUGUUGUCGGUGCAGACCAGGAACUGUCCAAGGUAUUAUAUUGGAGCUACUAUUACUUACCUCAAUGUUUAAAACCAUGCUUUGUCUAUAUGGGAGUUUUCCCACAUGAUUAUGAGAUCUCAACCUCCAAGCUCAUCAACUUGUGGUGCGCUGAGGGAUUUCUUGAACGAAAUCCGCCUCAGACCUUAGAAGAUUUUGCCAGGGAAUGUCUGGAGGAGCUUGUGUGGAGUAAUGUCUUUCAGGUCCGCACGCACAACUCCUUUGGUGGAUUUAAAACUUGCAACAUCUACUUUGUCUUCUGGCAUAUAUGCGUGCGAGAAGCUGAGAAAGACAAGUUUUUCCAUAUUGUAAACAGUUAUGGCAAUCAAGGUAUAGAAAGCCAACGCAGACUAUGCAUCCAUAACAAUGUUUUAUUUAGCAUUAAAGAUGUGCACAACUCAAUGGCAUCCAUUUUGAAUGCUCGUUCACUCCUAUGUACCGGCCCGCAUCAUCAAUAUCCAGUACCGAUAUGUUUGGGUUUCCGUUUGUUGAGGGUGCUAGAUGCACUGACUGUCCGCUUCUAUGGGUUCCCGAUUGAAAUAGUAAAACUAGUUCAGUUAAGGUACCUCGCCUUUACUUAUAAUGGAAGGCUCCCUGCUUCCAUAUCCAAACUCCAGAAUCUUCGGCACUUGAUUGUCCAUCAAUACCUUAGCAUAAUAUCUUCUAGAGCUCGUCGAUCAUAUCUCCCCAUGGAGAUCUGGAAUAUGCGAGAAUUGAAGCAUCUACAAGUCAUGGGAAGCGACCUACCAAAUCCCGAUUCUGAAGGUGCUUUCUUACCAAAUCUCUCAACACUCUUAGGUAUUAGUGCUCACAGUUGUACUGAAGAAAUUCUUGGAAGAAUCCCAAACUUGAAGAAACUAGGAUUUCAAGUUGAAUUACCCCUAGACGCCGUUGAACCUUUGCAUGUUGCUAAUUCCCGUGGACUUAAAUCACUCAAAUGCGCCAUUGUGAAUCCUAACCCUAGCUUUGAUCAGGUUGUUGUCCCCGCAUUGCAAGGUGUUUCAAUUUUCCCAUCAACUCUAAAAAAGUUAACGUUGAGUGGACUGAGUUUGCCUUGGGAAGACAUGAGCAUUAUUGCUUGUAUUUGGAAUCUUGAAGUGCUUAAAUUGCGUUGCUAUGCCUUUAGAGGCUCAGUGUGGCAGACUUGUCAGAAGGGAUUCAAGAAUCUCAGAUUUCUUCUAAUUGAAGACAUGGAUCUGGAAUAUUGGACAGGGAAUAGAAUAUCUUUCUUCCCAGAUCUUCAACGCCUAACUGUUGGCCACUGCUACAAAUUGAAAGAGAUCCCUUGCCAAUUUGAAGAAGUCCUAACUCUUCAAAUGAUGGAGGUAGUUGACUGUGCCCCAUCUCUUGUGGCUUCUGCUGAGAAAAUAGUAAAGCAGCAAAAAGGCUGUGGAAAUCAUGUCCUUCAACUCCGUGUUAAGUCUUCAAAGGACGCUCGGAAAGCACUCAAGUGA